AUGAACGAUUUAAAAAUAUGGGAAGAAAUUGGAAUUCAAAGGAAGGAACUGAUGUUAAAAAAAACAAAAAUUUAACUUCAAUAUAAUGAAAAAGAGCAGAAGAUUACAUAUAUUAAGGAUGGAGAAAUAUUAAGGUAGUAUGAUGAGUAGCAUAUUAGGGAAUUGCAAAGUAAUUCAAUUUAAUACCCUCAAAAAAUUAUAAAUAUAGAGCAUCUAAAAUACUUGGAUUGGGAAUGCGGAUUAAAGAAUAAUCAAAUAGAAUUGUGGUUAGCAAAAUGGAAUGGACAUUAUUUAAUAGUUGGUGGUGGAUAUAAUGAAAAUAGUUAAAAAGUAGGAAAAUGGAUCGAGUUAUCAGAAUAUUAUUGGGAGUAUUUAAGAUGAUAUCCUAGCCGUUGUAAAAUGACACAUGAAGGGUAUUACAAUAAUGGAAUAAAAGUUGGAUUAUGGAAUACAAAACUAGAUGAAAAAAUCAAGUAAACUGUUGAGAUUAGUUAGUGGAGGAGGGCUUUUUGAUGAAUUUGGAAUAAAAUAA